UGCAUAUUUGCUUUCAAAUGCAUGGGCAUCUCAUAUUUCUUAUUGUUUGUGGCUUUCGCCGUAGGCCUUGGAGAAGGCCACUAGAAUGUUGGGUGUGAUGAAUUACGGUGUGGAGGCGGUGGCCCAGCCAUUCGAUUUCCCUUCCGACUUAACAGUCAGCCACAUCACUUUGGAUGGCCUGGGUUUAAUCUAUCCUGUACUGAUACAAAACAUAUGGUGCUCGAGCUGCCAACUUCUUUGAAGUUCUUUGUGAAAAAGAUUGACUAUAAAUCUCAGGUAAUUGAAAUACAUGACCCAUAUCAUUGCUUUCCAAGACAGCUUCACCAACUCAAUUUGUCUUCCUCUCCUUUCCUGAUCAAAAAAGAGUUUUUCAUGAUGGACUACGCCUUAUUCAAUUGUUCCUCAACAGAAACACAAGCUGACUAUGCCAUCUCUUGUCUUAGUGGCCCAAGCCAUGAAGUUCGUGCCUUCUUUAAGGACGAUGACAUAACCGAUUUGCCCAUAGCAUCUUGUAAAAAGAUGUAUACUCUUCCAUCAAUUCCCAUUUCGACUAAGACUCUGAUUUUUAGGGGCCAACAUUCGGUAUCAAAGGAAAUCGGUGAUGAUAAAACUCUGCAAUUGAAUUGGUCCAGACCAGUUUGCAGCGAGUGUGAAGAGAAGGGCAUGCGAUGUAGAUUGAGGAAUAAUAGCAAUGAAUCAGAAACAGAGUGCUUUCCUAAACAUGCUAAAGGUCUAUUAUCGAAGUUAAAGAUUCCUGGCAUCAUCUUAGGUUCAUUUCUAUUAGUACGUAGUAGCAGUCUUUGCUCUUUACCGCCUUUAUAGCUAUGAUAAAGCAGAAAAACAAAAUCAAGCAAAGAUCAAAACAUUUUUGGAGGAUUACAAAAAUUUCAAGCCCACAAGAUUCUCGUAUGCCGAUAUUAAAAGGAUUACAAAUCAAUUUGUCGAGAAGUUAGGCGAAGGAGCAUUUGGAACAAUAUUCAAAGGAAAGCUUUCAAAUGAAAUUCAUGUUGCGGUGAAGAUGAUCCUAAACACUUCCAAAGAAAAUGGUGAAUAAUUCAUAAAUGAAGUAGGAACGAUGGGUAGGAUCCACCAUGUUAAUAUAGUUCGCUUGGUUGGCUUCUCUGCAGAUGGAUUUCGACGAGCUCUAGCUAGUUUAUGAAUUCUUACCGAAUUAUUUAUUAGAUAAGUUCAUAUCUUCAACAGACACUAAAAAUCGUUUUCUUGGUUGGAACAAACUGCAAGAUAUUGCUAUUGGCAUAGCAAAAAGUACUGAUUAUCUUCAUGAAGGGUGCAACCAACAAAUCCUCCAUUUUGAUAUCAAGCCUCAUAAUGUUUUGCUAGAUGCAAAUUUCAAUCCAAAAUUUUCUGAUUUUGAUCUUGCCAAGUUGUGCUUCAAGGAUAAGAGUGCAGUGUCCAUGACCACAGCCAGAGGGACCACGAGAUAUAUUGCACCAGAAGUGUUCUCUAGGAACUUUAGAAAUGUUUCUUAUAAAUCCGAUAUCUAUAGUUUUGGAAUUUUAUUGCUUGAAGUGGUUGGAGGGAGGAAAAAUGUUGACAUUACAGCGGAGAAUACUAGUCAAGUUUACUUUCCAGAAUGGAUCUACAAUUUCUUAGAACAAAAAGAAGACCUACGAGUCGUUAUUAAGGAUGAUGAAAAUGCUGAAAUUGCCAAAAAACUUGCAAUUGUUGGACUUUGGUGCAUCCAAUAGCACCCAACAAAUCGCCCUUCCAUGAAAGUUGUCAUUCAAAUGUUGGAAGGAGGGCAUGAAUUAACUAUGCCUCCUAAUCCAUUUGCCUCAACAAGUACCACAAGAAUGAAUCUAAACCAAAAGUUAGAUGUCAUCUCAGAACAAGAAUAAUGGUCAAAC